UGAGAUACGCAAAGAUCAAGGUACCGGCAGUGACGCUUUGUUCUUGGUACAGGCAAGACGUGUUUGUCUUGCAGCUGCAGUUUGCCAUUUUGGGAUUGGUUAUCCGUUAUCUGUUUUUCAGAGCGGGUUGGCACUUAUUUAAUACCUUACUUUAUUACCCCGUGAUCCCGUUGGAGCGGGAAGAGUGCCUGGUGUUCCUUUCCUGUUAUCCAUUUGGAGCGGGAGGACACGGUGUGGACCAAGGAGCGGGACAUGUGACAGAAGUGUGCCGUUGUGAAGGUGUUUGGUACAUCAGUAUGUCUUCCUCGGGUGGUUCUACACCUCCAAGAAGCGGUUCCUCACAUUCUCGUGGAAGCCGACUCUAUUCGUCCACUAGGCAUAAGACGAGGAAGAAUAUUCAACGGUCUGGGGCCUCUGCUGGUGAGGAUGCCGUUGCAAGUGAUCGUGUGUCUAAGAUGGACGCCCGACCACCAGUUAGCCAGUCUGGAGAAGUUAGCAAUACUUCUUUAUCCAAGAUUUUGGAGGCUUUGGCUGUACUUCAAGAGGAUGUGAAUAAACUUAAGAGUGACAGAGGUGACAGUGCAAGUGUUGGUAAGGGGCCAGCACAGGACUUAGGUGGUACUCAUGAAUUUUCUGCCUCCCAUCCCCCUUCUACCUCUGGUGAAUUUUCUGGGUUUAGGUCAAAAGAAGUGAGUGCUGAAGAAGGUGAGAUUGAAGAUGAGGUUCCUUCUGGCAGUAUUCUGUUACAAGCAGCUAAGGCCUAUGUGCCCGUGGAUGACUGUUCUGAAGCUAUUGAAGAACCGAUUGCUGCAAUGGUGAAUCACUGGUUUUCUCAUGGUUUGAAAGAUGAAGACCAUAAGGAGAUUUUGGCAGAUGAGGUUUCUAAACGUCCUAGAAACUGUAAGGCACUUAUUCCAGUCGAGUGCAACUCACAAGUGCUGGAUGCCCUACCCACUGAGGCAAAGAAAGCUGAUUUCAGACUAAAGGAAGUCGGCAAGGAUAUAACUAAGGCUGCCACUAUCAUUGUUAAAUCACUUACUGUUCUGGACAAGUUUACUAAUGAGGAGCACAAUCAGGUUAUUGGUCAUGAGGUGGCUAUGCUUAAUGGGGCCUUGGGGUUGUUAGGGCAUGCUAACUUUAAACUGAAUAUGAAUAGACGGUAUUUCCUCAAACGUGAGAUAAACCAAAAGUAUGCCCACUUAUGCACUGAUAAGACUCCUGUGACUGGCUUACUGUUUGGGGAUGAUCUUACUCAAGCUACCAAACAGAUUGAGGAGGCUGAGAGGCUGAAAAACAAGUUUACCAACAAGAAGACUUCCCAUUUUGGAGCUCCAGGUCUUGGGAAGAUUAGUGGUGGCAAGCAACGUGGUUUCUUUGGGAAGCCAGCUUUCCGGGGUAUGUUAACCCAGUUUAAACCGUACGGUUUACACAAACCUGCCACCAGAGGGGACAGCCGCCCUUCUUAUCUCAGAGGAACUCCUCUUCAAAAACUCAAGGGGCCGGGGACACUACAAUCCCGGCAGUAA